GACAGAACGUUCAAGUUCGCGAUCUCCGUACUCAACUCGUCGGCACCAAACAACGCCCGAAAUGGCCGACCUUCUCUACGAAUUACUGUCGCCGCCAGGGCCAUCAUCGUCCCGGGAUACCGCAGACCCGAGCUCACUCGAAUAUCUCACAACAUUGGCCUCACAGCCGCUCUCGUCACUCGCGUCAUCAGAACCACAAGCACUGUCGCAAUCGUCUCAUGGGCUGCUUCUCUCGUUGCAAGCUCUCUCCAAGAAAUCACACAAGCAGAUCAUCGAGUCUGCAUCUCACCAUGCCACACUCCGCACCACAUUACCCGCACUCGCAGCGAGCACUGCCGACCUACGCAAUGCAAUCCCCAAGCUCGAUAGCGAAGCAGUGCGUUUCUCGACGACCUACAACAAGAGCAGCGACAGUGAUGUGCUAGCACGUCGCAAAAAGGCACUCCUCCUCUCACGUAACGUGGAGCGGUUGGUUGAUGUGCUCGAAUUGCCAACCCUGCUAUCCUCCUCCAUCACCACAGCUCCCGUCAACUACUCAUCCGCCCUGGACCUGAACGGGCACAUCCGGCGGCUGCACUCCAUCUACCCGAACUCGCCCCUCAUAGAGUCAAUAUCCACGCAAGCCGACGAGGCGAUGCGCGACAUGGCCGCCAACCUCAUCCUCUCCCUCAAAGCGCCCGGCCUCAAGCUAGCCGCCUCACUCCGAACCAUCAGCUGGCUGCGCCGAGUGCUCCCCGACCUCGAAGCAGCCUCCUCCCCAUCCACCACCUCACCCACAACCACCACCACCACAGGCACCACCACCAUCACCCAACCCUCCCCGCACGCCACCAAAGGCGGCCGCGACUCGCAAGAACGCAUCCUCGGCGCUCUGUUCCUAGUCUGCCGCCUCGCGACGCUGAUGGCGAUGCUCGAGGCGCUGGAGCCGCUGCGGGAGCUGGCCGACCAGGAGCAGGCGCGGCAGCGGGCGCUGGACGGCGGCGGCAGCAGCGCGUGGUCGGGCGGCCAGCAGACGGAGCGCUACCUCAAGCGCUACCUCGAGAUCUUCCGCGAGCAGAGCUUUGCGAUUGUGUCCAUGUUUAGGAGUAUCUUCCCCGUGGCCGCGGUGGUUACGAGUGAUGGGUUGGUUGGUGGUGGUAGUAGUGGGGGUGGGGGUGGUGGUGGUGUGCAGCAGGGUGGUGGUGGUGGUGGUGGCAGUGACCCGCUGGAACCGAUGCCUUCGGCGCUGGCGACGUUUCCGCUCUACUUGGUGGAUAUGCUGCUGGAGACGCUGCGGGUGUACCUACCUACCGUGAGGGACCAGGCGGCGAGGGACAGUCUGCUUACGCAGGUGCUCUACUGUGCGGGGAGUCUGGGGCGGUUGGGUGGUGAUUUCGGGCUGUUCCUUGCUACGCUGGAUGUCGGGCCCGAGGCAGAGGAUGAGUGGGUUGAGGUUGUUAAGCGGCACCGGGCUCUGGCUGGGCGGCUGGAAUCGAUUGUAGGGGAACAGAGGAGGGGGAGUUGAGAGCGGCACUGUUUAAUUAGCGGGGUGGUUACAUUACACGACGGUCACGGUCUAUAGGUACAGUGAAAGCUUAUCCCUCAGUUUAAUUCAAAACGAUCACGAGCAGUGUGACUCAAGCA